AUGGCUAAGCAAAAGAACAAGACCAACGACCAAACCCAAAAACAAGAAAACAACGAAACCAAAAACAACAACAACAAGAAAGAAGAUGAAACAAAGCCAACAACAGUCAUUCUGAAAGUCGACAUGCAUUGCGACGGUUGCGCUUCCAAGAUCGUCAAAUGCAUUCGCGGUUUCGAAGCGUUGAAAUUGAACCUUCUUGUUGAAGGCUUUGAGAAAAUGAAUGUGGAUAAAGAAACUGGAAAAUUCACCAUUAAUGGUACCGUCGACGCUGCGAAACUCAGAGAUAAGCUUGUUAGUAAGACCAAGAAGAAAGUUGAUCUCAUUUCUCCGGUUCUUAAAAAUGACAAAGAAAACAAAGACAACAAAGACAACAAAAACAAACCACAAGACAAAAAACCUAAAGAGCUUCCGGUGUCGACGACGGUUUUGAAGAUGGAACUGCAUUGUCAUGGAUGUAUUGAGAAGAUUAAGAAAACUGUUUCAAAGACAAAAGGUGUUUAUGAUGUGAAAAUAGAUAAGGAGAAAGAGACAGUGACAGUGAAGGGAACUAUGGAUGUGAAAGUGAUGGUGGAGAAGAUGAAGAAGAAGUUUAAGAGGAAAGUUGAGGUGGUCCCGCAGAAGAAGGAGAAUGAGAAAGAGAAAGAGAAGAAUAAAGGAGAGAAUGAUGGAGGUAAGAAGAAUAAGGGAAAAGGUGAAGGUGGAAAUAGCAAGGUUGAUGAGAAUGAUGGAAAGGGGAAAAAGGAGGUUAUGGCGAAUUCGAAUGGAUAUGGAUGUGGAUUUUUGGGAUUUGAUUAUGGUUAUAAUAAUAAUGGAGAAGGUGAAAUGGUGCAGAUGCAUGCUCCUCAGAUGUUUAGUGAUGAAAAUCCUAAUGCUUGUUGUGUUAUGUGA